AUGCUCCCCAUCGACCUCAUCGCAUUACCCUACCAAAUCACUUUGAAGGAUAACCGCUCGUUGCAAGGAACGCUUGUCGCCAUCGACGACCAGCUCAACCUGCUCAUGGCCAACGUUUCCGAACAAACUGGCCCCCACUCGCGCCAUCUGGGCCUCGUGUCGGUGCCCAAGAAAACCAUCGCCUCAAUACUCGUCGACAAGUCGGAAUACGCAAAGGCAAACCGCUACAGACAACAAGACUCCUGA